AUGUCGGAUCAUGAGGAAGUUGAAGAGUUGGAGGAGGAAACCUAUGAGAUGGAGGAUUUAGCUGAGCCAUCGAUGGAAGUUACUAACGAAUUUGUGGAGUUGUUCAGGGAAUUCGAUCCCGAUAUUGAUGGUUUGUUAUUGGAAAAGGCUUGGAAGCAAUAUGAUCAGAUAAAGCAACAGGUAUUGCUGGAAGGGAACGAGAAGGUGUGGAUGGUUUGUUCGUUUUACACCAACAGUUUUCAAGCUACACCAUAUGGGCAGGAUCCGGUUUACACUUAUUCGUUGUUGAAAUUGCUGAGGACAUGUAAUGUUAGGUAUGCUUUUGAUUUUUUAUUGAACAUUUAGGUAAAAACACAUUAAAAGCUGGGGUUUUUUGAAGUUUUUAUAUUACCCAUGGUAUCUUGAAUGUUUUUAAUGCUAAAAUUAGCUAAAAAACGUAAUAAAUAAGUUUCUACGUUACCUUUAAAGAUUUUAGGUAACAAAAAUCAGUUUAAAAAGACUUCAAGUGAAUGAAUUGAAAUUUUAGUGUACUAGAGUUCUUUGUGAAGCUCGGUAAAUGGUUGAAUAUGAUCAGUGCCUCAAGACGUCUGGUUGACCAUGCGACGAGAGUUGAAGCGUCCUUGUCUGUUUCUACUGUGAUAUACAAAAAGUACUUGAAGAUCUUCCGUGCCGUCUUCAGAAUCCACUCAGCUAGGACGAGCUCACAAACGGUGGAGAAUAUUGGAACGGCCGAGCUUUUUGAGUUUAUUUGGACAGCGUUGAUCGCUUUGAAAAGUAGGUUUGGGAGGCGAUGGGCAUGGUGUAUAUUUUUGAUGUUUUUGAAGGUAAAAUCGGGAAGUUUUGAGAAUAUUAUUAAAGAUAAUAAACAAGUAGAUCAUUAUUAAGGAUUUUCGACCAAAAAUUUUUAAAAUUUGGAUUUUUAAGGAUGGUUAUUAUGGUUUUAUUACAUUAUAAGAAGUAGAAAGGCAUGGUGUAUAUCUUUGAUGUUUUUAAGGCAAAGUGGGCAAAGUAACGAGAAUUUUACAAUUGAUAAGCAUAAAGUAGAUGUUAGUAAAGAUUGUUGAUAAAUAAACCGGACAAAAGUUUACUGUAAAAAAAGUUAUUGCGGGUUUUAGCGAUAAAAGUUUAAUGUUGGUGGAUUUUUUGCCCCGAAACUAGCCUAAAAUAUUAAUUUUGAAUGCCAAACCUAAUCUAAAUGUCUCAAAUUUUUAGAAUGUUUACCGGUUGGCACGGACGAUCUUCUCAGCUCGUAUCACAUUCUAAUCUCGCUCGUAGAGAUUUGCUUCAGCGAGCUACGUAACGUGGAAAGUCCAGUACUCAACCCGGAGUUUGUUAAACUGAUGGAUUCAGAAGACUCGCCUUUGGAAUUCAUUUGUCGUCAGUUUGAUGGAGUCGAAUUGGACGCCAAACAUCUGAGAGUACAUUGGCUAUUACCUGUUUUUACGGAAUUGGCGACGAAAGGAACUUUGUUGUUACCUACAUUGGACAAGCGACAGCCGGUUGAACUUUUGAAUGCUAUCGAGCAUAACAAGUGAGUUUAUUGGAAUUAGGGAGGGGUAACUCGAAAAGGGUUUUUUUGUAGUGGUAUUGGUGUGAGGGUUAUUAUUUUUGUUGUUAUGAAUCAUUAUAUCGUUUUAGGUGUUUAUAGAAGUUAAGAUAAUAUAAAACUGGGAUUUGAGGGUCUUUAGUCAAAUAAUAAUGUAAGAUUGGUAAAGCUGAGGUUAUGAGACGUAAAUUUUAAAAAAAAUUAAAUUUUCAAGUUUUAAAAUUUCAGGACGAAAUUAAACGAAUUGUACGAAACUCAAAUGCUAAAGCGAAUGGAAGUUGAUGAACGGGUAUUCAUAUCACACGUUGUGGACAAUGUUGAUAUGGUUUUUAAUGAAAGUUUGGAUGGUAAGUUAUCCUUACUUUUAGAAUUUUUGUUCUUUUUUUAUUUUUAGGUAACAAAAUUGGAGAUUUAGGCUGUUUUAGGUAAUAAAAAUAAAAUUUGUUGGUUUUUAGAGAAGGAAAUUUUAUGUGUUUUAGGUAACAAAAUUGAAUAUUUGUGCUAAUUUAGAUAACAAAAAUGAAAUUUUUUUUAAAUUUUAGGUAACAAAAUUCAAUUUUUUUGCUUUUGAGCUAAGGAAUGAAAUUUUAUGCCUUUAGGCAACAAAAUUUAUUUUUAGACAGUGCCAUAACCAUCCUUCGCCGCUGCAACUUAAACUCUCAAUGGGCGGUGGACGCGGACCUCUUAUUAAGAAUGUCAACCCAAAGUUGUCUUCAAAAGGUUCAACUUCAAGCCAAACCUUUGAAUACCCCAUUGUCAGCACGGUCUUAUAUCAUAUCAUCUGAACAGUUCGUUCCGGUUACCCCGGUAUCGGCCGCUUCUUAUAAAGCUCAAAAGUUAGCCGAACUGACAGCUCAGGAUUACAAGAAUAGUGAUGGAGAGUUUGACAGGCUACUGAAUCAUUCUUCAGAGAAUUUGAAGGCUUAUAUCAAUGAUACUGGUAAGGGAGUGAUUAGUUUUAUGCUUUUUUAAUAAGUUUGGUGAUUUUUUAACGUUCACUGGGGUGAAAAAAGUCUUGUCGCCAAUUUGUAUUGAUCUUGAAUGUAAAAAACGACAAGACUUUUUCAAUUUUGAAAGACGUAUUUUGUUACUUAAAAUGAUAUUGACUAUCUAAUAUAACAUAAAGUUUAUUGCUCUAUAAAAAUAAAUGGCAUAUAAGUACGUCAAAAAAGUAUUGUCAUCAAUUUGUAUUGAUUUUGAAGGUAAAAAACGAUAAGACUUUUUUUAAAAAUUUUAAAGGCGUAUUUUGUUACUUAAAAUGAUAAUUACUAUCUAAUAUGACAUGAAAUUUACCGUCAAUUACAAAUAAAUGCCAUAUAAGAGCUCAAGAAAGUCUUGUCUUCAAUUUGUAUUGCUUUUGAACGUAAAAAACGACAAGACUUUCUUUGAAGCUUCGGGAUCAAAAAUAUAUUGAAAAUAACGUUUAAUUAGUAAAAGGAGGUUAUUUUAUGUGGUAGGGUAUUCAUAAUUUAACUGUUUUUCAGUUGAACACCUCGAAAACCUAAUAUCAAGACGAUGCGAUGACGAAGCGGCCACAUUUGGCCAAGAGUUCGACUCCUCCUUCUCAAACCAACUUCAACAACGCCUGGUACAAGUCGAGCAGCUCUUCUACCGCUUUCUCCAAGCAACAAUCAUGUAUGAUCGAGCAAGAAACCCCCGAGCGGAUUCAGAAGAACUGGCUGCCAUUCUUCGUAAACAAGACUUUAUCUAUGGUCUAUAUACGGCAGCGUUCGAGCUGGUAGCAAACUCAUACGACAGUCAGAGAGGCUUUCCAUGGUCAGUGAAGACAAUCGGAAUGGCUCCAAUCAACUUUUACAAGAUUAUUGAGGUAGGUUGAUGAUAUUGUAGUAGGUAGUAGGUGAUAAAAAUGAUUUUUUUGUUUACAAUGAUCAAAAUUUGUUUAUGUAAGGCUAUAUAAGAGGCAUAUACGUAACUCUUGUUAAAGCAGUUUUUGGUUCGAAGCUAUAUUUUGCAGUUAUAUGUUGAAGUAGGUAUAGGUGGACAUGCUUUUUUGGGAAAAUUAAGAAAAAUAGGUACUAUAGGUAUUAAAAAUGAUAUUUUUAAGUAGGAGAGUUUUUUAAAGUGUAUUCAAAAAAUUUUUUUUACAAUUUUAAAGGUUUUAUUAUGAGGGGAAGACUUGACUCAAAAUUUGGAUUUCGGGUCAAGUGUUGCACUGUAGACGAAAUUGAGCGCAAGAUGUAUAGAAAUGAAAAUACGACUGUAUUUUUGAUUAAAUAUAACAUUUUGGUACUGUUUCUUAACUUUUGAACAUUAAAAAAAAUUUUUUUUCUAAUUUUAGGUAGUAAUCCGAGCAGACCCGGAGCUAACCCGCGAAAUGGUAAAACAUCUAAACCGCUGCGAGGAAAAGGUCCUAGACGAGUUGGCAUGGCAGCCGGAUUCACCGAUUUGGCAAGCGAUUCAGAAGCGCGAAAUCCCACCGUGCGACCAACUUCUACAAGACCUGACUGGCUCACAACCAGUCCACACCCGCUACGUCGCUAGUCCAAUGAAGUUGCCUCAAGCAGUGAAAAGGAAAAUGGAAUUUAGCGAUGAUUUGGCGAUUCCAACGAAAAAAGGCACUGAUGAGGUUGGACCACCAUCUGGCAUUGGCUUGUUCUUUAGAAAGGUAGGGGUGGAAAGAAAGUUUUUGUGGUUUUUUUUGGAAUUGGAAGGAAAGUUAUUGCGAUUUUUUGUUCUGUAAAGAAAGUUAUUGCUAUUUUUUGAGUUGUAAAGUAAGUUCUUGCCAUUUUUUGAGUUGUAAAGAAAGUUAUUGCCAUUUUUUGUUUUGUAAAGAAAGUUAUUGCCAUUCUUUGCUUUGUAAAGAAAGUUAUUGCCAUUUUAUGGUUUGUAAAGAAAGUUAUUGCUAUUUUUUGGGCUGCAAAGUAAGUUCUUGCAAUUUUUUGCGUUGUAAAGAAAGUAAUUGCCAUUCUAAGCUCUGUAAAGAAAGUUAUUGCUAUUUUAAACUUUGUAGAGAAAGUAAUUGCGAAUUUUAUUUUAGUUCUAUUACUUGGCCGCAGUCCGCCUAACUGACUUAGCCGAUCGAAUCCGCCUCGACGAAGCGGCCCGAAACAAGGUCUGGACCCUAUUCGAACAUGUCAUUCGUCACAACACUAACCUGAUGUCCGGCAGACAUCUCGACCAGAAUCUAAUGUGUUGCAUCUACAUCGUGGCCCGGGUUGUGAACAUGGAGACCAGCUUCCAGGUCAUUAUCCAACACUAUCGUAACCAACCCCAAUCCAGUAGCCGUGUGUACCGUAACGUGCGAGUGGAUUCGGGAUACCCGAAGAGCACGGUAAUGGAUGAAGCUAGUCGAGACUCGAUUCAAUCAACCGCUUCUGCUCAGAAUUCGAAUCUUCAGCGAGAGAAUCAGAAUCAAGGCCAGAAUAUUCAUCGUGAAGGGCAGAAUCAGAAUCAAGGCCAGAAUACUCAUCGUGAAAACCAGAAUCAAGGCCGAGAUCAAGCUCCAGAUUCAGGUCACGGUAGCCAAAACUCCCUCCAUGGCUCUACGAACUCGAACGGCCCAUGGCCAACCUCACUAGCCCCAUGCUCCAACUCCAACGGCCCAUGGCCAUCUUCAUCAUCACAAACUCCAGAACCUCAAGAGUAUCAUCAUGUGGACUUGAUCAAGUACUACAACACCGUCUUCAUACCAAAAGUCGAGGACUUUGUAAAGAAGAUGCAGCCAGAAACCAAGGAGAACCAAAUAGAGGUCAGUGCAAUGCCAAAAGUCGUCUGCACCACCUUGUCGCCGCGACGAAUGAUCAGCGAACAGUUGGCCGUGAUCCCGAUGAGUGCCUUCAGUCAGAACCCACGACGCCAAUUUGCAGUUCAGACUGUGCCACAAAGCAUCCGAACUCAAGCCAUUCCACAGACUAUUCGACCGUUUUGA